UCUGAUAGUAGAGGGAGAUGGAGUUCUGGGGGCAUGUCAUGCGGAGCUGGCGGGUCCUGGGGCUCGAGUGCUGGGUGGGGCGCCAUUGGAGGUGGGUCAGCCGGGGGCUUUAACGGCUUCGGGGGCGGCGAGGGCGGACUCCUUUCCGGCGGCGAGAAGGAGACGAUGCAAAAUCUCAACGACCGCUUGGCAGCCUAUCUGAACAACGUACAAGCUCUGGAGGAGGCGAACAGUGACCUGGAGAAGAAGAUUGCAGAGUGGUACGAAAAGUUUGGAGCAAGCACCAGAGGCGGAGAGCAACAGGACUACAGCAAGUAUUACGCAGUCAUUGAUGACCUUAAGACACAGAUCAUUGCUGCAAUUACAGACAAUGGCGGCCUCAUUUUGCAGGUCGACAAUGCUAGGCUGGCUGCGGCUGACUUCAAGCUGAAGUACGACAAUGAUGUGGCUCUCCGCCAGAGUGUUGAAGCUGACACCAAUGGCCUCCGUAAGGUCCUAGAUGAGAUAACCAUGAGCAGGGGUGAUCUUGAAAUGCAGAUUGAAAGCCUGACUGAGGAGCUUGAGUAUAUGAAGAAGACUCAUGAGGAGGAUAUGAGCUCUGUGACUGACACCACAGCCGGAGGCAUUGAUGUGCAAAUGAAUGCUGCCCCUGGAAUUGACCUGACUGCCCUCCUCAAUAAGAUGAGAGGAGAAUAUGAAGCCCUCGCUGAGGAGAACAGGCAAGACAUUGAGGCCUGGUUCAACGAACAGAGUCAAGAACUGAAUAAGCAGAUAAGCAGCAGCGUCGAAGAGACCAGCACCAACAAGAGUGAGAUUACCGAACUAAGACACACUCUGCAAAGCCUAGAAAUGGAACUGCAAACCCAAUUGUCUAUGAAACAAUCUCUGGAGGCCACCCUGGCAGAUGUAGAAGGCAGAUUCUGUGGCGAACUUUCCCAGAUACAAGGAGUGAUAAGCAACGUGGAGGGACAAGUGGUGCAGAUCAGGGAAGACAUGGAAAGCCAAAACAGAGAAUAUGAACAGCUCCUGGAUAUCAAGAUCCGCCUGGAGAAUGAGAUCGAGACUUACCGCAGUCUGCUGGAUGGAGGAGACAGCUUCCAGUCACGGUCCAGAGGCUCUGGGUCUGCAGACUCACAAUCUAGAAAUGUACAAAAAACAAGAGUGAUCAAGACAAUAGUGGAAGACAGAAUUGGUGAUCAAGUCGUCUCGACUCACGUCCAGUCGGUUGAAGAAAAGCCAAUUAAAUAA